CACCAAACGAGUCUAGAGAGAGAGAGGGAGAGAGUUCAAACCCUCACCGCUUUGGCUCCUCCAUUGCUUCAACCAAGAAGAUUUGUGGAGAAAAAAAUCCCUUGGAGAAGUUCGUGAGCUUCUCCAUUUUCCGGCGUUUUCCUGGUUUUUCCGGCAGUUUUCUGGCGAGAUUUGGUGGAGAGGUAACCAAGAUUGGCCUCAAAGGAGCUUCUGCUUAGUAUUUGUUGGAGUUUUGGUGCAGGAAAGACUGAUAAAGCCUCUUGCAUGUCCUAAGAGGAACUUUGGAAUAUUUACAUUGAAGUUUGUUCCGAAAUCCGGCGAAAUUGAUCAGAGGGAACUGUGACAAUCAGUGACCGUAAGGAAGUGAACAAAGCAGAAGAAUAACAAGUCUGAUUAUAAAUGGUGGGAGAGAAGGGGCUGGUUUUGUGUGAGAGGGGUGGGGUUAUGGAGAUUUGUUUUAAUGGGUGAAGGAUGCCAGAACUGCGCAGUGGAGUGCGCAAGGGCCGAGCGCCUGUACAUGUUGAUCUGAACGUUAGGACCAGGAGAAAAAGGACUGUGAAAAAUAGGCAGGAAAACAACAACAACAACAACGACAACAACAACAGUAAUCAGAGAAAUAAUAAACAGGGAGUAGCUGUGAGGAAGAGAAAUUUGCAGAGUGGUGAGAAGGACUUGGUACUGGAGACUGGUGUUGCUGAGGCUUUAGAGGGAAAGGGAGAAGAAGAUCUUGGGCUUUCGAAGGAGCAAAAAGAGGAAGCGAAGAUGGAUGACUAUGAUAGUGGGGCAAAGAGUGCUGGCAAGGCUCCUGCUGGCGAAGAGGAGGGAAGCACUGCACCACUUCCUGAGAAGGUUCAAGUUGGAGGUUCCCCAGUCUAUAGAAUUGAAAGGAAGCUGGGAAAGGGUGGAUUUGGUCAAGUGUAUGUCGGGCGUCGGGUAUCUGGCUCAAGUACGAGUGAUCGGACAACUGGUCCUGGUGCCAUUGAGGUUGCUUUGAAGUUUGAGCAUAGGAGCAGUAAAGGAUGUAAUUAUGGACCUCCAUAUGAGUGGCAAGUGUACAACACCCUAGGUGGAAGUCAUGGUGUUCCACGCGUACACUUCAAGGGGCGUCAGGGUGACUAUUAUGUCAUGGUCAUGGAUAUGCUGGGUCCAAGUCUAUGGGACGUAUGGAAUAAUAAUGGCCAGGCGAUGUCCACAGAGAUGGUUGCGUGCAUUGCUAUUGAAGCAAUUUCCAUCUUGGAAAAGAUGCAUUCACGAGGAUAUGUCCAUGGGGAUGUGAAGCCUGAAAACUUUUUGCUUGGGCCACCGGGGACCAUUGAAGAGAAGAAGCUAUUUCUAGUUGAUCUGGGACUGGCUACUAGAUGGCGUGAUAGUUCAACUGGUCAGCAUGUUGAAUAUGAUCAAAGGCCCGAUGUUUUCAGGGGCACAGUACGUUAUGCUAGCGUGCAUGCCCACCUCGGAAGAACUGGAAGCAGGCGAGAUGAUUUGGAGUCUCUUGCUUAUACUCUCAUCUUCCUUUUACGUGGCCGUCUUCCUUGGCAAGGAUAUCAGGGAGACAACAAAGGCUUUCUGGUAUGCAAGAAAAAAAUGGCUACAUCUCCAGAGGCACUGUGCUGCUUUUGUCCCCAACCAUUUAAACAGUUCCUUGAGUAUGUGGUGAAUUUGAAAUUUGACGAGGAACCUAACUAUGCCAAGUACAUCUCACUAUUUGAUGGGAUUAUUGGCCCAAACCCAGCUGUCAGGCCAAUCAACACAGAUGGCGCCCAAAAGCUUGUCUAUCAGGUUGGGCAAAAGAGAGGCCGGUUGACAAUGGAGGAAGAAGAAGAUGAGCAACCUAAGAAAAAGGUCAGAAUGGGUAUGCCCGCUACCCAAUGGAUUAGUGUUUAUAAUGCUCGUCGACCCAUGAAACAAAGGUACCACUACAAUGUUGCCGAUGGAAGGCUUGCACAACACAUUGAGAAAGGAAAUGAAGAUGGUUUAUUUAUUAGUAGUGUAGCAUCUUGUACCAAUCUCUGGGCCCUUAUCAUGGAUGCUGGUACUGGGUUCACUGCUCAGGCCUAUGAACUUUCAAACUGUUUCCUUCAUAAGGAGUGGAUUAUGGAACAGUGGGAGAAGAACUAUUAUAUUAGUGCUAUAGCUGGAGCAAACAAUGGAAGUUCAUUGGUAGUGAUGUCUAAAGGUACUCAAUAUGCUCAACAGUCGUACAAGGUCAGCGAUACAUUUCCAUUCAAGUGGAUCAACAAAAAGUGGAGGGAGGGCUUCUUUGUCACCUCUAUGGCAACGGCAGGAAGUAGAUGGGGUGUUGUCAUGUCCCGGAAUGCGGGCUUCACAGACCAGGUUGUUGAGCUUGACUUUCUUUACCCCAGUGAAGGCAUCCACAGGCGGUGGGAUAGCGGCUAUCGUAUUACUGCAACUGCAGCUACAUGGGAUCAGGCUGCUUUUGUUUUAAGUGUACCCAGAAAGAAGCCAGCAGAUGAAACACAGGAAACUCUUCGAACAUCUGCAUUUCCUAGCACACAUGUCAAGGAGAAGUGGGCCAAAAACCUUUACAUUGCAUCAGUUUGCUAUGGCCGAACAGUUUCGUGAGCCACUUAAGUUGCUCCUUAACGUAAGUGGUGUACUGCUGAAUGGAGGCGUGCAGCCAAUGUGGAUCAUAGUUGUCUGCUAUAUUUGUGCGCCUAUAGUACUUGAACAUUUUGAAAGAUGCCUAUCGCUUUCAUCAAAGAUAACAGUCUGAGGAAAUUUUGAUGUGCAAGUGUUUCAUGGUUAAUCUCUUCCAAUCUUGUAUGAUUCAUCAUGCAGUUUUAAGUGUAUGAUGAUGUUCUUGCACUUAGUGUCCCUCUUUAAUAUGAGUAUGGUCAACACCCUUAUUGUUAAGUGUGUAUAGUGUUGAAUAAAUCUUUACAAUACUGCAAACAUUCUAUAUUUUCUCUGC